GGAGUUCUACAAGUACAUGAAAUCUUUCCCGAAGGUGCCGUCGCCUUGGACGGUCGAAUUCAACCCGGCGACAGACUGCUAGCAGUUAACGAUGAGUCGCUUUCCAAUCUCCCCUAUGCCAUUGCUGUCUCAACCAUUGGAGCAGCAUUCUCAGGUCGAACGCCUCUAACAAGCGAUGUCGAUCUUUCCAAAGUUGCGGCUAUUACCUCUCCGUCCCAUCAUGCGGAUGACAAAAGCAGUGGAAGCAUCUCACUUGUGGUUGAACGACCCGGGUCUGGAGUUCAGACCAAAUGGUACGAUCAGGAAGUAACAGUGGAUUUGGUGAAGAAGCCUGGACGAGGAUUGGGUCUAUGUAUUGUGGAACGUUCUGGUCCGCCCGUGGUGACUUUUAAUGGUGUUUCUUCAACGAAUACUACAAAAUCACUUCCAAAUAAACUGCCUCUUUCAUCGGCCGAGAGGUCUGGUCUGGGAGUUAUUGUCUGCGAUCUGAUUAAAGGCAGCACGGCCCAAUUAGACGGUCGAAUAAUGAUCGGUGAUCAAAUUUUGGCGAUCAACGAAGUGGAUGUAGAAAAUGACUCCCAGGAAAGUGUGGCCACCCUACUAAAGUCUAAACUCAGCAACGGCUUCGAUUCUUGGCCAAAGUCUAAACUCAGCAACGGCUUCGAUUCUUGGCCAUUCGGCUAUGUGGUAGAGUGCCACUCUAAACUCAGCAACGGCUUCGAUUCUUGGCCAGUCGGCAACGGCUUCGAUUCCUGGCCAGUCGGUUAUAUCGGAGAGUGCCAACUGUGUUUCUCCUUUGUUCGAGCUUUAAUUUCGUUGCCUUCUCCUUUGUGUUUUGCCAGGCAAUCCGUCCGCCAGUCGGCUAUUUCGGAGAGUGCCACUGUCCACUAUUUCUCCCUUGUUCGAGCUUUGAGUUCGUUGCACCUUGAGGUCUUGAAUUCUCUUUGUUCGCCAGUCGGCUAUGUCGGAGAGUGCCACUGUUUCUCCUUUGUUCGAGCUUUAAUUUCGUUGCACAUUGAGUUGGAGCAAUGGAGAAUAGAAGCCAAACGUGAAAAGGACCUUCGAAAGCGUCUAGAAGUUGAGGUCAAGAAUAGAGACGAAAAAAUGGCACGAAUUGAAGCGGACAUGAAGCGACUGACUCUCUCAAAUGAAGAUCUGGGCAGACAGCUUGAUGUUGCUAUGGUAAGUUGA